AUACUAAAGAAAGGAGGGGGCUGCUGUGCGCCAGUUGGAGGUGUCCGCCUGUCGCAGCGGCUUGGGGUUGACAUUAAGAGGAGCGUGUCAAUGCUUCAGCGAGGAAGUGCGGCGCAUUUUGAAGGCACGGGCACUCAAACCGAGGCUGUUCCAGCGAGGCGCCCAUCAGACCGAGGUUACACGGAUGGCCAGAGAAACACUGCAAUCGGAAUUAAGUUGUCAGCCGGUGCGAGGAAUUUCUGGAUAUAAUGGGGAACACAACACCUAAGCCUCUGAUAGAUGCGACUCUGCAACCCCGCCAAGUGGCCAACAGGCAGUACUACACCCUGCCCAACAAUGGGGCAGGUGUCGAGAGGAGAACUUCUGCUCCUCCGGUCAGCGUCAGCGUGGAGUCGCCCCGCUUUCACCCGCACGCCAAAGGCAAGAACAUCAGGCUGGACGGGCAGCUUCGCCGCGCCACGCGCAAGAACAGCUUCUGCAAUGGAAUCACGUUCAGCCAUCGGCCCGUUCACCUCUACGAGAAGGUGCGCCUUCGCUUGACUGGUGUGCACACUGGCUGGAGCGGAGCUCUGCGCUUUGGCUUCACCAGCCUAGACCCUAGCGAGCUGCUUGCUGCUGACAUCCCAAAGUACGCUUGUCCAGACCUGGUGACACGGCCCGGUUACUGGGCCAAAGCCCUGCCUGAGAGACUGGCCCUGAAGGACAAUGUGUUGUCAUUCUGGGCCGAUCGCCAUGGGAGGGUUUUCUACAGCAUCAAUGAAGGAGAGCCCAUCCUCUUUCACUGUGGCCUCAGCAUUGGCUGCCCACUCUGGGCCAUCAUUGAUAUUUAUGGCAUCACUCAGGAGGUUACGCUGCUUGACAGCACGUUUGCAGAGAGUGUGGGAUCCAGCUGCUUGAGUGCGGCCCGUCUGAGUGCCUAUCUGCCCCAGAGUAGCCACGACUCGGCCAAUUACAGCAACAAUCAGCUGGAAAACAACCAGGCCGCCGCUGCCAAGAUGGCCACCCUCCAGCUCAAUAACUACUCUCAGCUUAUCCCCUGCUGCUCCUCCACCUCUUCCUCCUCCACGCCCUCCUCGUCCGCCUCCACCGGAUUCAGCGUCCCCAGGGUGGCCCGCGGCCUGCCGUCCCCGCUGGACAACGACUUGCACUUUCACCCCGUCCGCGGCUCCGACGUCAUACUCUCCGCGGACCGCUCGGCCGCCUGCAUCCACUUCCUGGACAGCAGUCGGACGCUGGUGUUCAGCGACCGGCCGCUGCACGCGGGCGAGACUUUGUACGUGGAGGUGGGCCACCUGGGCCUGCCGUACUUCGGGGCGCUGUCGUUCGGUUUGACGUCCUGCGACCCGGCCGGCCUGCACGCCGGAGAUCUGCCGGCGGACCCCGAGGUUCUCCUGGACCGCAAAGAGUACUGGGUGCUGCACCGGGGCUUCCCCACGCUCGGCUCCGGAGACGUGCUCAGCUUCAGCGUGCUGCCCGGCGGGGAGGUGCACCACGGGGUGAACGGAGUGGGGCGAGGCAGGCUGCUGUGCGUGGACUCCUCUCAGGUCCUGUGGGCCUUCUUCACCCUCCACGGGGCCGUCAACAGACUCAGGAUACUCGGAACGCUGCAGUCCAGUCCUCCCUCCACAUCCCCCACCACUUCUCAGAGCAGCAGCCCAGAUGACAGUGACUCAGACCUGGCGUUCAGCGUCAACAGAUCCUCCUCUGCCUCUGAAUCCUCUCUAGUGACUGCUCCCAGCUCCCCUCUCAGUCCCCCCACCUCGCCCUCCUUCUCCGCCCCAGAGCCGCCCUCUGCUGGCAAGAACGGAGAGUGCACCGUCUGCUUUGACCACGAGGUGGACACGGUCAUCUACACCUGCGGACACAUGUGUCUGUGCAACGACUGCGGCCUGAAGCUGAAGAGACAGAUCAACGCGUGCUGCCCGAUAUGCAGGAGGCCCAUCAAAGACGUGAUCAAGACGUAUCGGCCGUGACGGUCCGGAGGCUCAGACGGGCGAGGAGACUCCCGCCGACGGACAACCACCUGCUGCCACUUCUCAGGCUUUGCUGGAUAUGGAUCCUGAACCCCCCAAAUGGAGAUUAGCCACGCCAGGACAAUACUGUGCCUAUAAGGUUUCCAUUUCGUAUGGAUGAAUCCUAUCCGGAGACACGCUACGCUCUUCAUAUGCAGAACUGUGACAAAGGCUCCUCCCAGACUGCAUACGUGAGCAUCUGACUUUCGGCUAAGAAAGAACAUAUGGAUCAUGUGCUCUUGUUUUGUAUUUCCCAUGUCUUUUAUCUCACAUGUAUUUGCUGAGCAGAAAUAGCUGCUGUGACUAUAGAGGGUAUGCACUGACGUCACCGCCGCCCGGGGCCACGCCCCCCUGAGUGGCAAAAACAUGGCGAAAUGUAUCAGUAAACACAGCGAGACCGGUGAAACAUGCGGACAAUUGGACUCGACAGUGAUCCAUACGAACUAGUAUGGAUUUGGAAAAGUGGAUCAGUUAGUUUAAGUUAGUUUUAGGUAAUUUCAAUUAUGAUAAAUGUAGCAAAAUUGAAAAGAGCUUUACUGAGAAGUAAUGUUGGACAUAUAACACUUAAAAGGAUGACGAGGAGUGAUCGCAAAUAUUCCGUUUAUUGUUUUAAUGUUAUUUAUUGUUGGAACUGAAAUAGUUACUGUCGGCCGUAAAUACACUAAGACAACAACAUGGACAGACUUCUGACAGACCUCCAGAACGUAAUUUAAGAAAUAACUUAAGGUAUGACAGCAAAAAAAUACAGCAUAAAUUAAUGUUACCUGACACUAAAUGAGAACUACAACACCAGGUUUCAGUGUUUUCUUUGUAAUACAGCGAUCCAUUUACUUCUCUUUUCUUUGCCAGAUAUCUGUAAAAAUAUAUCUCUGACUGCUUUUCUAAUCUGUUGUUACAAUCGCACAACAGCUCUUCACCUUUUCUUUAAAUUAAUUUCACAAUUUAGAUGCCAUCAAAGCCUAUGAUUCAAACUAACGCGACUAAUCUCCAUGUUGAAUCUCACUUUUUGACACUCAGUGGCCGUAACCAUGGAGACUUCGCUUGCUGUGACGUCACGUGCAUACCCUCUGUACAUCGUCCUAGAUUUACGUGUGCUUCAGCAGAAUAUGCGGACCAUCAUCUAUGACUCCUAGUGCCUUAGAUUCGUGUCACAUUAUGAGUCCAGGUAAUUAUGCUAACGACCCUAGCCAUAUUUUCAAUGUACAGUGCUGAAGGUUUGUGGUGGCGAAAGGCACAAGGACACAGAAUUUAUGCAAUAAAAGUUGUAAUCGUAAGUAGAGAGAAAGCUGUAGCAGUACGCGAGUGUUUUCAGUGGUGUGCUUUAAGAAACGCGUGAUGGGAAAGUAUAAGACGGAGAAUCUGGUUUUGCACAAUGAGACGUUAAUAAAAGUGGAUUAAGUGUGA